UUUGCCUGAUACUUGCUGGACGUCUCCCAGACUCAAACUGAUAUAAAUAGUUAAAAGCAAACUGCAUCUCAUCCUCACUGUUACAACAUGAUUUGGCUUGUGUCUCUUCUGUCCUUCAUCGGGCUAAUUUGUGCCGAGGAGCCGUUCAACCAUAAUGUACACAAUCAGAGAGUCAUAGGAGGCAAUGAUGCUAAACCCAACACCUGGAAAUGGCAGGCCUCUCUCCAGUAUGACUCCUACAAUGAUGGGUCAUACUACCACAUCUGUGGAGGCACCAUUAUUGAUAGUUUCUUCAUCAUGACUGCAGCUCACUGUAUCCUCAGCAUGGAUGCUAGUCAGUACCGUGUGGUGGUGGGUGAGUACAACAUGUACGAGUAUGACGGCAGUGAGCAGUUCAUCCGUGUGGAGAGGAUUGCUGUGCAUCCUGACUGGAAUGGAGAUCUUGGCAAAGGGAAUGAUAUUGCCCUCUUGAGGCUGGCUAAUCCUCUGUACGACAAUGGCUACGUGGCUUUGGCUAACCUUCCCUACCCUGGCGAGAUGCUGCCUCAUGACUUCACCUGUUAUGUCACCGGCUGGGGGCUUACGGACUACUUUGGGAGCGUCCCUGCCAUCCUUCAGGUGGCUCCCAUCAAUGUGGUGGAGCACUCGGUCUGUUCCCAGCCCAGCUGGUGGGGCAGCAUUGCCCUGAGAACCAUGGUGUGUGCUGGAGGGGAUGGAAUCAUAUCAGGCUGCCAGGGCGACUCAGGUGGUCCCCUGAGCUGCUUCACCGGCGGAGAUUGGAGAGUCCACGGUGUUGUCAGUUAUGGUCCAUCUGGCAUGUGCAACCAGGUGUCUAAGCCCACCGUCUUCACAAGGGUCUCUUCCUUCGAAGACUGGAUCUAUUCAGUGAUACGGAGUUUCUAGAUGGGAGAGAUUUGUCCAAACUGUCAUGUGAAACCUGUGACAUUAAAAUCCACAUGCCUCUCA